CACAACUGUAUGUGUUUGUCAAACUCACUCAACUAUAUACAAACUGAACUAUAUAUAAACUGAACCUUAAUAAGAACAAAGGCAUACUUUAAAAAUAUCACUCUGUCUGAUGCAUGGAGAAUGGGUAGGAUGGAGAAAGAGUGGAAGAGGAAACGUCAGGAGGCUGUUGAAUAUUCUAGUGCAAGAUGGCGGUGAUUUGGAUGUUGGUAAGAGAACUCUAGUCAAGUACGUGGAAUCAAAAUAUAUUAGUGAGGUUGUAUCAAAAGGACACGGUAUGGUCCGGCUCUGGCGUCUCUGCUGAGGAUCACAUUGAGCUGCGAGGUGCUGCUGUGGUGUGUUUAGAAUCAGCACCAUGGCAAAAGACAUCAAGACCAAAAUCAAGAACUACCAGACCGCCCCUUUUGACAGCCGCUUCCCCAACCAGAACCAGACCAGAAACUGCUGGCAGAACUACCUGGACUUCCACUGCUGUGAGAAGGCAAUGACUGCUAAAGGGGGUGAUGUCUCCGUGUGCGAAUGGUACCGUCGUGUGUACAAGUCCCUCUGCCCCAUAUCCUGGGUAUCAGCCUGGGACGACCGGCGGGCAGAAGGCACGUUUCCUGGGAAGAUCUGAACUGGCUUCACCCACCUCUCCUCUGUCCUCCCUCCUUCUCCCAGGGAGGUGAAGGGGGACCUGGGUGCAUGGUGAUCCCCACCCUGGGAUUCUGAAUCAUGGCUUAACUAAUAAUAAAUACUCGUUGGAAAAGUG